UUGGAGCGUAGCUGUUUCAUGAUAGUCAGGGCUAUUGAUUGAUUUCCUUUAGCUAUGUUCCUUUAAAUAACAUUAGGGUUCAUACAUCAAAUAUGACACCUCGUGAAGGUUGAUAUCUGCUUGUGUCUCUAUGGACAACGGAACACGACGGUGCGUGGCGGUGUUUGCUGUCGUCAGCUGAAACGGUUAGCAUUGACCUGCUAGCCGACGCUAGCUAGCUAGCCCGGCUAACAGUAAGUAGCUAACGUCAGACAGAAACUAUGCUUGUUUAUGUAGCCCACGCUGACGUUAACGUGGCUAUCAAUGAUUAAAACACGCUGUUUGGCAUCACAACAGACACAGUUAUUGUUCAGGACGACGAUUCUGAGGAGCUAACAGUGUGUUAGCUGAGCUAGGAGGAUGAGGAGCCGCCGUCAGGAUGUGUUGUUGCUGCUCGGUGGGGUUCUCCUGUCGGCUGUCCGGAUGUCUGAAUGUGCCCCUCUUCAGUAUCCUCACACAUCAGGUGGAAGCACAGGGGACACGAUGUCUGUCUCUCUCUACCUGUCCUUGGCGGUAUCGCUGAUGGCGCUUUUAGCCUUGGUGGUGUUGCUUGUGAACUGCGUGACCUGCUGCAAGGAAAGAGAGAUCAACUUCAAGGAGUUUGAGGACCACUUUGACGAUGAGAUUGACUUCACUCCACCGGCAGAGGACACGCCUUCUAUGCAGUCCCCAGCCGAGGUGUACACCCUCGCCGUGUCCCCCGUGGCCCUGCCUGGACCCCCACACCUCCAGCCUCCUGUCCGUAUCACAGAUGGAUCCACAGGCAUCCAGGUAGCACGUCACAGUCUCAGUUAUAUCCAAGAGAUUGGCAACGGCUGGUUUGGCCAGGUCCUUCUAAGUGAAAUCUACACGGAUCCAGGUGGAGCCAGGGUGGUGGUGAAGGAGUUAAAAGCUAAUGCAAGUGCCAAGGAGCAGAAUGACUUCCUGCAGCAAGGGGAUCCAUACAGAGUGCUGCAGCACCCAAACAUCCUCCAAUGCCUGGGUCAGUGUGUUGAGGCCAUUCCCUUCUUACUUGUCUUUGAGUACUGUGAAAUGGGGGAUUUGCGGGGCUAUCUGUCUCAGCAGGACUGGAUGUUCAGAAAUGCUGAGUUGCUUCAGCUGCAGAGGAUGGCCUGUGAGAUCGCUGCCGGUGUCACUCACCUUCACAAACACAACUUCCUGCACAGUGAUUUGGCUCUGAGGAACUGCUACCUGACUGGAGAUCUUACAGUCAAAGUGGGAGACUAUGGAAUUGGACCCUACAGAUACAAAGAGGAUUACAUCAUCACAGAGGAUGAUGUGUUUGCACCCCUUCGCUGGUUGGCUCCUGAGCUGGUGGGCGAGCGUCACGGGGGUGUGAUUACUAUGGAGCAGACCAAGCCCAGCAAUGUGUGGGCCUUGGGAGUCACAUUGUGGGAGCUCUUUGAGAAUGCUGCCCAGCCGUACCCACAUCUUUCUGACCGGGAGGUUCUCAAUCAUGUGAUCAAGGAUCAACAAGUCAAACUAUUUAAGCCACAGCUGGAUCUCCCUUAUUCCGACAGAUGGCAUGAGGUCCUGCAGUUCUGCUGGCUGUCUCCAGACAAGCGGGCCACAGCAGAGGAGGUGCACCGCUUGCUUAUCUACCUGCGCAUGCAAGGCCAGAAGGACAUAGAAGAAGAUUUUGAGCAACGCUGGGAUGCUCUCAAGCCUAACCCAACCGCACGGCAGACCACUGUUAGCCACUCCUCUUUCCCGAUCUUGGAACAGUUUGCUGAUGAUGCCCUGCGACAAGAGAUCGACGAAGUUCUUACCGUCACCGAAACAAGCAAAGGUCUCAGCUUUGAGUAUGUUUGGGAGGCAGCCAAGCAUGACCACUAUGAUGGCAACCAUGGACGUUCAGGCAUGGACACGACAUUGAACUAUCACAGCAUGUUCUUUCCUGUUUCCAGCGAAGACAUCCAGGCCCAUUUCCCUGAUCCUGUUGCCAGAGCAGCGGGCACAAAAAGUGGUAACACUCCUUCAGGAAUUCCUGGAAUCGUUCCAGUGUUUGAUGCACAAAAGCCAUCUAAUGGAAACGAAUAUUACAUCCAACUAGAAGAACAAGGGGAGAGCACUGUUGGGGAAGAUGGGAACAGAGGGCAAGACACGGACUUCGGUUCAGGUCGGCAAGACUUUGUUGUUCUCCAAGAUGUCCGUCUGGAUGAGUCUAGUACCGAUGCUGAUUUUUUCCACCAAAGUAUUGACUCCAAGGAUUCCUAUUUACCAGACAGCCAUAUCUGGUCGUCUCUUGAAAAUGACAGUCCAUACCACACCAACAUUUUCACUGACGGGGGGUCCAAGCAUGAUGACUCUCCUUCCUGGAGACAGAACUUUAUGGAGCUUCCAGAGCGCAAUGGGAACCCUUUCCUCGAAGGGGCAUCUUUAGGAGCUCAGAAGGGGGAUCGAAGCAAUGGGGACUCUUUUUUAGGGCAUUGUUCAGAAGCCCCUCACCUGGCGGAUUCUGUGGAAAUGGAGGGGGAGAGCACGGAAGAGAAGAGGUUUCUGAACCAUGAAAAACUAACUGACAACUUUAUGUUUCUCAAAGACCAGAACCUGAUGAGAGACAGAUCAAGUUUCUCAAGUCCACAGGAUAAUUUUCUUCUACCUGGUCGAGCCCACGAACCAGAGGAACGGUUCAAAAUGAGUUCUUGGGACAACAUUGAGAAUUUAGGCAGCUUAAUCUCAGCAGACAAUUAUUUAAAACCUUCAGCAAGUAGCACAUCCUCAAGGCAGGAACUCUUCGACUCUCCAAGUAACAGCUUGGGGGAGUUAUCUCCGUCUCUGGUAGAAAAUAAAACACUGGUGCCUUUCAUUACAGUGAUCACAGAAGACAACACAAGCAACCAGCUGCCAGUUAGAAAUAGUUCUUCCACAUAUGACCUUGGUCUGCUGCAAUCCUCUGACAGAGGUGCAGACUCUGGUUUUGAUUCUACCUCGGAGAGGUUUGAUGUUAUCAUCAGUCAAACUGAUGCCCACACCCCUGCAAUCUCUGAAAGUGCCACUACAGACUCAUUGUGCACAGAUGCCAAAAUUCCUAGCCUUGAAGAAGACCUUGGAACCUCAAAGAAUAAUGUUCAGCCCAUAGGAAGUAUAAUGACUGAAAACCUGCAAGUCCAAGCGUUGCCCUCAGACAACGGACACAGUGAAGACCUCACGAGCAACGAUCUGUUGAGUGAGCUGAUUGAGGAUGCAGAUACAGAAUUGGAAACCACUCUAUCUGACCACGAAGAAUCCUUUAUGGACACUGAUGGGCGCCCUAUUGUCAGAUCUUCUCUGUUGGUCUCUGGGCCAUCUUUGGACCAGAUAAGCCAGGACAGUUUACUGGAAGACAGUAUGUCCACCACUCUACCAACUGUAGAUAAUUCAGCCGAGACACCAGACUCUUUAGACUCUCUUGACAUCCACAGGCUAGGUGAUCAAGGAGACGAGCUGAACGCUCCAAUAGCCCAACAAAAACUCCAGCCUCCGUACAAAAUAUCAGACAGCGGGUAUGAGACGGAGAACCUGGAGUCUCCUGAGUGGAACUCUCAGCCGAAUGUUAAAGACCACUCCCCUGUCAAAAACGGCCUGAGCGUUGCCAAAGAAGAAGAGGAGACCGAGGAGACAGAGGAGCUCACAGCUGCCACAAAUCUGGUUCCACCAGAAAUCAUCAUCUCUGAAGUAGAGGGUGUGCUCGAUACUCCCAGUGAGGAUCCCAGCGAGGGCCAAGAACCAGAUCGUGUAGCUCCUGCUGAGGAGCCAUUCAUGGGCAGCAACUACAGAGACUCUGCCUAUUUCUCAGACAAUGAAUCAGAACCUGAGAAGAAGUCGGAAGAAACGGUCGCUGGAGGUUCUGGCGAAGUCACGUGGCUGAGAAACUCUACCGAGGUGAUCAGCGGGGCUGCUGGAGGUCCGGCACUGGAGGACAAUGUGGAGGGAGAUGUGGACUCUUUGAAUUCUCAGCAAGAAUGUUCUGUAGCUGCCGAGGCACAGACGGAUGGAGAAAAGCCUCAUGUCGGGGGCAUAUUAACAGACAGACAGACAGAUUCCGAAAUUGCAGUGAAAUGCGAGACGGAGGCGUCAGAGUCUCCCAACGGUCAUAAUGAAGAUGUAAACAAACCAGAGCUGCUCAUGGAUGUCACAUCUACUGAUCCACCGAAUCAAUCAGAAGAUCUAGAAACCUCAACUCAAGUCCCCUUUGUCGCCCCUUCAAAGCCAGUGCCAGAGAGCUCAGGUCAUGCUAAGCUAACCAGGACCUACGCGAGUGACGUCCAUAAAAUAAAAGAGCCGGACAUGGAGGGGCGCUACCUGGGGAGGCGGGAUGGACAGGAGGACGGCAUGGACGCCGACGAGGAGGACGAGAACAGCGACGACUCGGACGACGACAUCCGUGGAUACCAGCUGCACACCUCCAGUUCAGAAAGCGAGGAUGAUUCGGUGCAUGCUGUCCCACUUAUUGUCUCAGAUGACAGCAGUGCAAAGAACCUGAAGAGCUUGUUGAAACCCACCACGCUAAACGUCCAGGCUUCAUCUUCCCCGUUUCCUGCGAGUGGCAGCGCAGAUAAUUCCAGAAGAGCUGUGUCUUUCUUCGACGAUGUCACCGUCUACCUGUUUGACCAGGAGACCCCCACCAAGGAACUGGGCGACCACUCCUCAGGAUCACACAAUCAGGCUCCAGAGUUCAGCAGCCCAGUGCCCACCGCCAGCUACCUGAACCGGUUCACCAACUCUGAAAGCUCCACUGACGAAGAAGGCGGUGGUUUUGAGUGGGAUGAUGAUUUCUCCCCCGGGCCUGCCUUCCUGCCCAAGACGGACAAAGACCUCGUAUCAAAGACUAUGUCCUCAUCUGCAGCGUCCCGCUUUUCCUCUUCGCCACCUGCAGCAGGGCGCGUGCUGGAGCCCAGCUGGACCAGGUCCUCCAACUACUCCCGUUUCUCCAUCUCACCGGCCAACAUCGCUAACUUCUCCCUCACACAUCUAACCGACUCCGACAUCGAACAAGGAGGCAAGUUCAGCAUACGGUCACACCAAACAUGCAUCGGUUUUUACACGGGCUUAAAGGAAUAG